UCGCUCCUGUCUCCCCAGCUCCUCGCGGAGGAGGAGGCGGGACGGUACAGAGAAGAAGAGCGAAGGGGGUCCCAUCACCGAGCACCCGGGCCACGAUUUGAGCCGCCGAGGUCUCCCGGCUGUCGCCCGGCCCUCGCCCCGGCCCCAGCCAUGGGGCCCCCUUCCAGCUCUGGCUUCUACGUGAGCCGCGCGGUAGCCCUGCUGCUGGCCGCGCUGGCCGCCGCGCUCCUGCUGGCGCUGGCGGUGCUCGCCGCCCUGUACGGCCGCUGCGCGCGCGUCCAGCCGUCCGACCUCCAUCACAGCGGGGUCCCGGACGCCGCGUCCUCGCCGCGCGGCACGCAGGAGGAGCAGCUGCCCACCUGGCCGCCCCGCCCCACUCGUGAACCGGCGGGUACGGCCACCCCGGGCCACUGGCGACCCCCGGGCCCCUGGGACCAGCUGCGCCUGCCGCCCUGGCUCGUGCCGCUGCACUAUGAGCUGGAGCUGUGGCCCCGGCUGCGUCCGAACGAGUUCCAGUCUCCGACGUUGAGCUUCACCGGCCGCGUGAACAUCACCGUGCGCUGCACCGCGGCCACCGCGCGGCUGCUGCUGCAUAGCCUCUUCCUGGACUGCGAGAGCGCCGAGGUGCGGGGUCCUCUGUCCUCUGGCCCCCGAGACGGCGCGGUGGGUCGCGUGCCCGUGGACGACGUGUGGUUCGCUUUCGACAUGCAGUAUAUGGUCCUGGAGCUCGGCGCGACCCUGCAGCCCGGGAGCCGGUAUGAGCUGCAGCUCAGUUUCUCGGGCCUGGUGUACCGGGACCUCAGGGAGGGGCUCUUCUUCAGCAUCUACACGGACCAGGGCGAGCGCAGGGCCCUGUUAGCAUCUCAGAUGGAGCCAACAUUUGCCAGGAGCGUUUUUCCUUGUUUUGAUGAGCCAGCUCUAAAGGCAACCUUUAAUAUUACAAUUAUUCAUCAUCCAAGCUAUGGGGCCCUUUCCAAUAUGCCAAAGCUAGGUCAGUCUGAAAAAAGAGACGUGAAUGGAAGCGUGUGGACUGUUACCACCUUUUCCACCACUCCCCACAUGCCAACUUAUUUAGUCGCGUUGGCCAUAUGUGACUAUGACCACGUCAGCAGAACUGAAAGGGGCCAAGAGAUACGCAUCUGGGCCCGGAAAGAUGCCAUCGCAAAUGGAAACGCAGCCUUUGCUUUGAACAUCACAGGUCCUAUCUUCUCUUUUCUGGAAGAUUUGUUUAAUAUUAGUUACCCUCUUCCUAAAACAGAUAUAAUUGCCUUGCCUACUUUUGACAACAGUGCAAUGGAAAACUGGGGACUAUUGAUAUUCGAUGAGUCAUUAUUGUUGAUGCAACCAAAUGAUCAAGUAACAGACAAAAAGGCUGUGAUCUCCUUCAUUCUCUCCCACGAGAUUGGACAUCAGUGGUUUGGAAAUCUGGUUACCAUGAAUUGGUGGAAUGAUAUCUGGCUCAAAGAAGGUUUUGCAUCUUAUUUUGAAUUUGGAGUCAUUAACUACUUCAAUCCUAAAUUCCGAAGAAAUGAAGUCUUUUUUUCUAACAUUUUACAUCAUGUCCUCAGUGAAGAUCACGCCCUGGUGUCUAGAGUUGUGUCCUUGAAGGUGGAAAAUUUCACAGAAACCAGUGAAAUAAAUGAACUCUUUGACUUAUUUACUUACAACAAGGGAGCAUCUUUGGCCCGAAUGCUUUCUAGCUUUCUGAAUGAGAAUGUAUUUAUUAGUGCACUCAAGUCAUAUUUGAAGACAUUUUCUUACUCAAAUGCUGAGCAAGAUGAUUUAUGGAGGCAUUUUCAAAUGGUCGUAGACGACCAGAGUAAAAUUCUUUUGCCAGCGCCAGUAAAAAGCAUAAUGGACCGUUGGACACACCAGAGUGGUUUUCCAGUCAUCACCUUAAAUGUAUCUACUGGUGCCAUGAAACAGGAACCAUUUUAUCUUGGAAAGGUUAAAAAUCAGACUCUCCUAACCCACAACGACACAUGGAUUGUACCUAUUCUCUGGAUAAAAAAUGGAAUCACACAGUCUCUAGUUUGGCUAGAUAAAAGCAGCAAAAUAUUCCCUGAAAUGCAAGUUUCAGAUUCUGAUCACGACUGGGUGAUUCUAAAUUUGAAUAUGACUGGAUAUUACAGAGUUAACUAUGAUAAAGUAGGUUGGAAAAAGCUAAAACAGCAGCUUGAAAAAGAUCCUAAGGCCAUCCCUGUUAUUCACAGACUGCAGAUGAUCGAUGAUGCCUUUUCCUUGUCGAAAAACAAUUAUGUUGAGAUUGAAACAGCCCUUGAUUUAACCAAGUACCUUGCUGAAGAAGAUGAAAUCAUAGUAUGGUAUGCAGUCUUGGUGAACCUGGUAACCAAGGAUCUUGUUUUUGAUGUGAACAACUAUGAUAUGUACCCAUUAUUAAAGAAGUAUCUGUUAAAGAGACUUACCUCAAUAUGGAAUAUGUAUUCAAUUGUAAUUCGUGAAAACGUGGCAGCAUUACAAGAUGACUAUUUAGCCCUCGUGGCCCUGGAAAAACUUUUUGAAACUGCGUGUUGGUUGGGACUGGAAGACUGUCUUCAGCUGUCAAGAGAACUCUUCAAACACUGGACAAACCAUCCAGGGAAUGAAAUACCUUAUCCGAUUAAAAGUGUAGUUUUAUGUUAUGGCGUUGCCUUCGGAAGUGAUGAAGAAUGGGACUUUUUGUUAAAUAUGUACUCUAAUAAAACAAAGGAAGAAGAAAGGAUUCAACUCACUUAUGCGAUGAGCUGCAGUAAAGACCCAUGGAUACUUCACAGAUAUCUGGAGUAUGCCGUCACAGCAGCUCCAUUCACUUUUAACGAAACAAAUAUAAUGGAAGUUGUGGCGGAAUCUGAAGUAGGCCGGUACAUUGUGAAGGACUUUUUAAUCAACAAUUGGCAAGCUGUGAGUGAAAGGUAUGGAACACAAUCGCUGGUUAAUCUAAUGUACAUAAUAGGGAGAACCAUAAGCACAGAUUUACAGAUCACAGAGCUGCAGCAGUUUUUCGGCAACAUGUUGGAAGAGCACCAGAAGCUCACAGUUCGUGCCAAAUUACAGACAAUAAAGAACAAAAAUGUGGAAAACAAAAAGCGCAAUGCCAGGAUGACAGCGUGGCUACGGAAAAACACGUAACUGAGCGGCGGCCACUUCCGGCACCCCUCUAGGCCCGUCAUAAUGUACUUUGUGCAGAGUUUUGUCCUCCAAUACUUUGUGAGUCUGGAAAACCUCAUGUUCUGUCAUUCGUGUGUCCGUCACAUUUGCUCCUGGGAGUCCUUCCCGUCCUUCCCAUAUUGUCACGUUCGGCCCUCAGGCUCAUUGAUGGCUGAGGGUUUUGCCAGUGCUGCUCCAUUCCGGGGGGAGAUUUCAUGUUGGGCUACAAAACCACAGAAUUUACUUUAACUGCCUUGUGAAAACAAAUUCACCUUAGAAGAGUCUUGCUUGUUCUGUUGUGAAAGUCAGUGGGAUGUUAAAUCCUUGGCCAACAGCGCACAUUCUUUUCUGAGGGAAAUACGGAUUUGCAAUACUCUGGGGUUUAUUUAGUGCAGUAUUUAAAAGUGUAAUGAGCAAAUAACACAGCAGUGUAAAGGAACAGAAACCAGAAAAACUAAUAGUCCCUAGCACGCAGAAAAGCCAAGGAAAGCAAAUUUUAAAAAGAAGAAAUAGGUCAUUUUAUGAGCCAUGUUAAGUGCCCUAAAGGCAAGCGAUGUGUCUGCCUGUUUCUCUCUCCCCACAGUGCCCGUUGCCUGUGUCACAGUUUACAGGCUACCGAGCCUUUAUUGUGUCACGAAAAGAGCCAGGAUCGAAGGAUCCACAAAGUGCCCUUGGGAUUGCUGUCGUGGAGGCCAGAAUGAGAGGAAGGCUUUGCUCUGAAGCUGGAGACUGCGUACCCACCUGUGGGCCAGACGCUCAUUUGGCCAAAGUCUCUGUGCAAAAAUAAUGCUGUCAACAGACAGUAGCAAUUAGGGGCAGAUCUUCAGCCCCAGGGAAGUGGCCAAAUACAGUGAAAUAGAGCUAAAAGGCCAACAUGCUAACCAGAGCAUAAUCUUUACAGCCAAGCCCUCAGGGGACUAAGUUUGAAACACCGUUUCGUCUGGCCAAAUCGAACCUGCUUGUAGUUUGGAGAACUUUAAAGGCGUUCAUCAGUUACGAUAUAUGGAAUUAGCUUAGUUUCGUUACACAGGAUUAAAUCGGGACCGCUAAAGCAAGGCAUCCUGCUCUAGACUUUGUGUGAUUUAAUUCUGUGUUUUCACGCUGAUUUUGUUUUUGUUGAAUGGGGGGUAAAACCACAGAUCUCUGAUCUACCUCAGAGUGAUGUAAACAUUAAGAAAUAUGCCAGUUAAAUGCCUUAAAGAUGUUGUAUAAACUCAAGGCAAUGCGAUCUCAAGUUUUUCCCUCUUGCUGGAGUAAGUCAAUGUAGUCGCAAGUGAAGAAGCAGAACCAAAGUUUGGUUUUGUAUUUGUCUCACACAAAGAGGCUCCCUGAGUGAGUGGAUGUGGCCAUGAAAACCAACCAAAGCACCACCCACCCCCCAGACUUGACCAUGGGUCAUAGGUCAGAGUCUUCUUCUCCAAAUUUACAAAUUUAAAACGGGGGCGCCUGGGUGGCUCAGUUGGUUAAGUGUCUGACUUUGCCUCGGGUCGUGAUCUCAUGGUUCCUGGUUUCGAGCCGUGUGUUGGGCUCUGUGCUGACAGCUCAGAGCCUGGAGCCUGCUUCAGAUCUGGUGUCUCCCCCUCUCUCUGCCCCUUCUCCACUCAUGCUCUGUCUCUCUCUCUCAAAAAUAAAGAUGAAAAAAAAUUAAAAGAAAAAGAAAUUUUAAAUGUAAGCAAUAGAAUAUCACCGUGCAUCCAAGUCGUUAUGUGUGAGAUAUCUCCCGGUAUUUUCUAGACCAUCCGUUCUCUAUUUCCUAUAUUUCCUCUGAUGAUGGUCCCCAUUUCCAAUAACCAUGUCACCUGUGUCUUUUCUUCCACGUUCCUCUUCCUCCUCUUCCUCUCCCUCCUUAUCCCUCUUGGGCUCCCUUCUCCCUUUCCAGCAACCUCUGCCUGCCUUCUGCCUGGCUGUCUGCCCCUCCUGUGACCUUGGUCUUGCUACCCCGCUGUGCUCUCCAUCCAAGUGUGCUGGAUGUCAGGCUCUGACACUGGUCAUCAGGUGUGGGUGACACUGCCGAGGACUGCCUGAUCCCACCAGAGGAGUGCCCAAGUGCCACUCUCUAGCUAUCUGUUGAAAGUCAAAAUCCAGUUACAUCUUAGCUUUUGUAGUAAAUAAAAAGCACUUAAAGAGCUUAUGGGGCACCUGGGUGGCUCAGUCGGUUAAGUGUCCGACUUCGGCUCAGGUCAUGAUCUCACUCACGGUUUGUGGGUUUGAGCCCCGCAUCAGGGUCUGUGCUGACAGCUCAGAGCUUGGAGCCUGCUUCAGAUUCUGUGUCUCCCUCUGUCUCUGCCCCUCCCCUGCUCACACUCUGUCUCUCUCAAAAAUAAAUAAACACUAAAUUUUUUUUUAAAAGAGCUUAUCAAAUGCCCACCUGAUUGGUUAAUAGUCCUUCCUCUGAAUAUGAAAAAGAAUUCUGAGUAAUAUACAUUUGUCUUACCUGGAUGAAGACAGUUAUUCCAGAUAGGCAUUGCAUUUUAUUAUAUUGUACUUACCCUCGGUAUAAAGUGAAGUAAUUAUUGAGUCACUACUGAGAUAGCAAGAAGUCAGGGAGGGAUACUGAUGUAGAUUUGUGUAAAGGGCAUAAAUACUCCAUUCACCAAUAACCCAGCUUACCUAUUAGUGCCCCACCUAUAAAAACACUUCUCCAAGCCAUCCAGUUUACCAGUUUGCUCUGUACUGUUCACCUUAUAAAAAAAAAAAAAGUUUAUAAGAUGUACAAUGUGGUUGUGACUGUUUUCCAUUUGGUAACUAGAAAUGAAAAGUUUUCCUUACAAUCUUCUGCUUCUUUCCUGAUCAACCCACUCAGUGACUUCCCAUUGCUGACUUUAAAGGAAAGAACAGAUGCCUUGGUCUUGAGGACUGGAGAUCAUCUGUAAUUUAGAGCUCUGGGGUCAAGCUGUACUGCAGUUUAUUCUGAGGAAUGAAUGAAGGAGAGAAACGAGCUUUAUUUUGUUUUUAAUUUUUUUAGUGUUUAUUUUUGAGAGAGAGAGACACAGAGCGUGAGCAGGGGAGGAGCAGAGAGAGGCAGACACAGAAUCCGAAGCAGGCUCCUGGCUCCGAGCUGUCAGCACAGAGCCGGAUGCGUGGCUCGAAUUCACAAACUGCAAGAUCAUGACCUGAGCCAAAGUCAGAGGCUUAACCAACUGAGCCACCAGGCUCCCUGAGAUGAGCUUUAAAAGGGAAGCCUGCUCGAUUGCUUUUUCUGUUUGCUUCAACAAAUGCUAUCUUUUUUCCAUCCAAACUCUAGCAGGAUUAACAUGGCCAGAGCAAAGCCUUAAUGGGGUUCACAGUAAAUAGAACUGCCUCCCUCAUGCGGAGGGGCAGGAAUCAGCAUUCGAGACCAUGUAAAUAUUGCUUUUGGCCCGCUCUUCUCUGGAAUCCAACAACAUUCAGCAAAGAUAUUCCUUACAACACACGUAUCUAAGAGUCAUGUGGACUUUUCCUCUUCUCCUCCUUCAUAAACAGGUUGGUCCUUAAGGUGAGGCAGAGCAAGGCAGGCCUCUUUAUGAGGGGAGUCAGGGGUGGGGCCGGGGAGACCCAUGACCUGGAGUGGGUGGGGGAGCUUGGGUGGGUGAUGGGGGAGUCUGUACAGUGGGGAGCAGCUUGGUACAGGAUGGCAGAGACCAGGAAGGUGAGUAGGACAUGCACACGGGGCAGGGAGGGGGCUUACAACAUGGAGAGUCAGAGCCAAACAGGGUAAGGUGGACAUCUAGCAGGGGUCCACCUAGCAUGGGCAGUCGGAGCCCAAACAGGGUGAGAAUGGGGAGUCCAAGCCCUAGUGGAGUGAAGGGGACUUUCAGAGCCAGGGCAGUGAUCCAGCAUGAGGUAAGGGAGCCUGAGGAUGGUGAGGAGGGCAUCACGUGGGGUGGGGGGAGGACAGUGAUGGGAGCUUGGUGACCACAGAUGAGUGAAUCAUAUCCAAAGAUACAUAAAUGAUAAUGGGACCCAGGUUUCUCACUGUUGGAGAAGAGCACAGCAAACAUUCAAAAAGGGAAACCUAGAAGGGACCUUUUGUCGUUGGAUUGGAGUUGGAGGUAUGGAUGUGAACAGUCCUCACAGUUUUCAGUAUAUGGAUACAGUCCUGCAUAGACAUGUAAAUGUGUGUAGACGCAUCUUGCCCCUUCUGUAGACGAACAGAUGUGUAGGUACAGAUACGUAUACAGAUACGGAUAUAGAUAUACAUGUCAACAUCAAUCCUACCUUCUCAGCAGAGAGGGCCUGGGAGCAGCCACACCCUACCAACAACGAACACAGCUAGUGCCCAGAUCUUGGCUUCUAAACACCAUGGUCUACUAUGCAAACCAGGGCUCCACAGAGAAAUGGCUGAUUUCAGGGCUUUCAUGGGAAAGGGACAAUUCGAGACGGAAUGUCUUUUUGUACCGAAAGACAAGGAAGUGUUCAAAGAAUGAUGGGAACAUUGAUACUUAAGCCAGCUUGAAGCACCCCCCUUUUCAUCCAAUCUGGGAAAAUUUGAGCAUCAUAAUAAAGACAGCAAGUAACCAAAUAGGGACUCAUGAAUCUAUAGUUCUCUGUCUAAUGAAUAAUUGAAAUGUUGAUGAGGAAAAGGAUAUAUACACAAUUUCAAGGUGACUUACCAUAAAACAUGAAUAAAUUACAAAGGGAAAGUGAGUAAUUUACAAUUAUCACCUGGCAGACAUCCCCUCACUCCACCCGUGAAUGUGAACAUCAUCCCAGUGGAAUUAAUUAAAAAAAAAAUUGCUCCGUUUAAAAAGCCGAGAUGACACUUUUGUUAUAUCCUUGACAAACCUCCAUGACAUGAAUCUAACCAUGAGGAAACAUCGGACAAACCCAAAUUAAGGUACAUGCCAGAAAGCAGUCUUCAAAAGCCUCAAGGUCACAGAAGUAAAGGAAAGACAGAGGAUAGAGGACCAUCUUAGACUGAAGGGAAUUAAAGAUACAUGACAACAAAGUGUAAUGUGAUUCUGAACUGGAUCCUUUUGCUAUGAAGAACAUUACUGGGACAACUGGAAAUAUUUGAAUGGAGUCUGAGGAUUAGAUACUAGAAAUGUAUCGACAUUAAUUUUCUGACUCUGACAGGUGUGUUGUAUUAGGUAGAAAAUAUCCCUGGUUGUAGGAAAUACACAUCAAGGGGUGAAUGGGGCAUCCAGUGACAACUUACUCUUAACGAUUCAGGAAAAAAUAUUUUUGUAUUGUAAUUCCAAUUUUUCUAUAAAUGUGUGAUUAAAUAAAUUUAAAAAUAAAUGUUAUUUUUUAGUAAAA